AUGAAUAACUUGCAAAUGCAAAUAUUUCAAGAUUUUGUUCUAACAAAAAAUCAAACCGGAAAUAACAUUAUAAGUGCGUUUACUCAUAAAAAAAAAAUACUACAUGAUGUAUUAGUAUCUAAUGUACUUGAUGAUGAUGAUGAUGAUGAUGAUGAUGAUGAUGACGAUAUACUCCUUAAUUAUCGACAGACAAAGAGCAAAAUUUUAAACUUUGUAGAGACCACUGUAGUGUCAUUUUCAGAUUGUGAGUUCAAAGCACAUUUUCGGUUGAGUAGAACUACCAUUGAGAUUUUAUUACAACAUUUAAGUUUGCCCUUGGAAAGAUAUAAAAUGAAGAUACCUGCUGACAAACAAGUGUUAGUUUUUGUCUGGUAUAUGGCUAAUUGUGAAACUCAUCGACAAAUAGGAAAUCGAUUUGACAUUGCUGAAAGCACAAGCUAUACAAUUGUUAUUCAUUGCUUAACAGAAAUGAAUAAUUUGUCAGAAAACUUUAUACAAUGGCCUACAAACCAUAAGGCACAAACUGUUGUACAAAAAUUUAAUAGUUUAAGAGGAGAACAUUCUUUUCCGGGUGUUUUUGGUGCCAUUAACGGAUGUCAUAUUUCGAUUCUUGCUCCAUGGGAGAAGAGAACAAAAAUGCCCAAGUUAAAUAGAACUAUGUUCUAUAAUCGAAAACAAGUUCCUACCGUCUUGCUACAAGGCAUUGUUGACAGAGAUUUAAAAUUCAUUGAUUGUUUUGCUGGUUGGCCAGGUUCAUCACACGAUGCAAGAGUAUUUAGACGUAGUAUAAUUGGUGAAAAACUAUUAAGCCAACCUUGUGUAAUAUUACCACCAGGGUGUCAUAUUUUGGGUGAUGGCGCAUAUCCACUAACCAGUACUUUGAUGGUUCCAUUUAAGGAUAAUGGACACCUAAGUGAUAAUCAAUUAAAAUUUAACAAAUUUCGAAAACUGAAGCACAUGGAUAUAUAUCAUAAAGAAAAUUGUAGUAAAGUUAUCACUGCAGCAUGUUGUUUACACAAUUUAUGCAUUGAUAACUCCGAUGAUUUCAAUUUAACAGAGGCCUACACAUCAGAGAUGGAGGAUGGUAACCACCAUGAAGAUGAUAGUUUAAGUGGAAAUGUCAAGAGACAAGAAUUAUGUCAACAGCUGUCUUUGAUUUUAUAA